AUGCCAGUUCCCAGCCCUGAGAGCAUGGCUUGGAAGAAGGAGGGCACGAGCCCACCCUCGUGUUUCAUCCAGCACCUGGAUCACCUUGUGUUGACGGUGAAGAGCAUUGAGGACACUGUGGCCUUUUAUUCCAAAGUCCUGGGCAUGGAGGUGGUGACUUUCAAGGGGAAUCGCAAAGCUUUACGUUUUGGACAGCAGAAGUUCAACCUGCACGAGGCUGGGCAGGAGUUUGAGCCCAAGGCUCGGCUCCCGGUGCCUGGCUCUGCGGAUUUCUGCCUGAUCACAGCAGCACCCCUGGAGAAGCUGCUGGAACAUCUGGAGGCCUGUGGGGUGGCCAUUGAGGAAGGUCCCGUGGCCAGAACUGGUGCUGUGGGUCCAAUAACCUCCAUCUACUUCCGAGACCCUGACGAGAACCUGGUUGAGGUUUCCAGGUACUGCACGGGUGUGGCUGCAGACACUGAAGGGAAACCCUGA